UCAAGGUUGUUUACCUUUUGGGGAUUUGUGACCAUGUUUUGUGCUUCAGGUUUCUUCGAGGAGGGCGAACUCCCACCGGGUUCGGCGUCCCCUGGCGUUGACAACAUGGAUUGCUUUGUGCAACAAAUGUGCGACGCUUUUCACGAUGGGUCUUUGGGCAUCGACCUUAACAUCGAUCUUGAGCAGAUAAGUAAUGUCGAGCCCACAAUCCCUUAUUCAGAUGUUGCGAUGGAGGGGCCAAGCUUCUCGAAGCCGGAUGCCGGUUUAUUAGCUGACAUGCUGGCUGAGCAGACUUCCAGAGGGACCGAGAGACCAUUCUUCGGGAACGAUUCAUCUACCGCGUCAACCAUUGGAGUUAGCCCGGUAUCUAUCCCUGGCAUAUCCAGUUUGCCUCAGAGUGACGGGCUUGCAGGACCAACCACUAGGACUGAUUCUCAUAUGACUCCUGGCAUCCCUCAAAUGCCUACGGAUGAUGGAUCUGCAGGACCAGCCGCUUGGGGUUGCUUGUAG